UAUAGCAAUGCCUGAGAUCUGGUAAUCAUUUUUUUCAGCACAAACUCAAUACAACUAUAACUACAUUUCAAUUCAAGUGUCGGUCUAUUGAAUAGCAUUUUUGUAUCAGUUGUUACUAUUAAUAGUGUAAUAAUUGUCAUUACAAUCAAUGUUAUGAUAAGACAAACUCAUAUCACAAUGAAUUUAUGAUAUUUUUUAAUAACUUUAUAACUAAUUAAUUAUUUAAUUAACAAUAAUAACGGGUCUAUUAGUAUGUAUAUAUAAUUUAGUGAAAUAUCAUAUGUUAUAUCAUAUAAGUUAUAUGAUAUACAUAUAGUAUAUAUUAAUUUACAAAUCGAUGCAUUACUACUGUGUGUUUGAUUGUAAACGAGUUAAACAUAAAAAUAUCUAACAAAUAGUCAUCUCUGGUAUCAUAAGUGGCGCUAACUUUCAAAAAUUGUCGCAGUUUUUCAUUUGACAGUAUUUGUGCCCCCAUUGUAUACCCCUUUUUGCCACACCGUAGUUGUAAUCAGUGUGUGGUAAUCCUCGUGUGAAUUGUCGACAAUUAUUUUACGGGUUGUUGUGUCCAAUUGGUAGGCAAUGUCGGGAUCGGCCCUUUGGGUGUUCGGCUACGGAUCUCUUAUCUGGAAUCCUGGCUUCGAGUACAGCAACAGUCAAAUUGGACGCAUCCAUGGCUACUGUCGACGAUUUUAUCAGGGAAGUGAUACACACCGGGGAAAUAAACAACGGAUUGGACGUGUAGUAACACUUAUUGAGGAGGAAGGGGUGUCCACUUGGGGCCGGGCUUUUCAAUUGACAGAUGAGUCGUCGACAUUAGCUUAUCUGACAAAUAGAGAGUCAUCAUUGGGUGGUUAUACAACAGUGAUCGCACAGUUUCAUCCGCUUGACCCAAGAGAGGAGUCCUUUCCAGUUCUUGUCUAUAUAGCAUUGCCCUGUAAUUCAUUAUUUCUGGGCUCAGCACCACUGGAACAGAUCGCCAAAGACAUAGCUUACUCAUCGGGAAUAUGCGGACCAAAUGUCGAAUAUUUGGCAAAAUUGGCGGCAUUUAUGCGCAUUCAUUUGCCGCAUGAAAGUGAUGACCAUUUGUUUUGUUUAGAAGAUUCGGUCCAAGAAAUUCUCACUAAAGAUAUGAAUUACAAGUUAUUAAAACUUUUUGAUGAGGCCUUAGAAAAUGAAAUCAACGAUUUGAUUGAACUCAAGUCUGUUAUCAAUCGUAUGGACUCAGCAUUGGAUCUGUCAUCGACUCCCACUACUCCUACUUCUUCCAGUAGUUUCUCAGAUAGUGAUGUUAAUCAUCGCAUGGAGUCGUCAUCUAAACACACGGAUAGAGUAACAGUCCGGAAGUUACGCUGUAUUAACAAAUAGACUGUCAAUCAAAUAAUGUUUUUCGCUUACUUUCAAAAUUAUCAUAUUAUUGCUUUUAAUAACAACAAAAGCCUAGAAAUUAAACGAUGUUUUAUUUAUUUAUUAAAAUUUAACGAUUAGGAUAUUACUAUAAC